CCACCAGACUGCUCACAAGCGAUGGCUGCCCGGUGGUUGUGCCUCCUAGUCCUGUCUGGGCUCCUCUCAGGAGGGAGCGGCGCACUUCCCAAGAAGAGGAAGGAGCCGGAGAAGCCCCUCGACAAGAUUGCCAUCCAGAAAGGCUUCAAUCUUGACCAGUUCCUUGGAAAGUGGUACCUAGUUGGCGUGGCUUCCAAGUGCAACUACCUGCGGGAGAACAACUUUCGGGUGGAGGCCACCACGAUUCAGCUGAGCCGCCCCGCCGAUGCCAAGGAGACCGUGGCCAUCAGCACGCUGCGCAAGCUAAACCUGCAGUGCUGGGACCUGCGGCACACCUUUGCCCUGACUGACAAGGCUGGCAAGUUUGUCCUCAAAGGAAAGAGGAAAGCGAAUGACCUUACCAUUGUGGUGGGUGACACGGACUACACCACCUAUGCCAUCAUGUACCUCCAGCAACAGAAUAAGAUCACCAUGAAGCUGUAUGGACGGUCGGUGGACCUGUCGGAUCAGAUGAUCGAGAAGUUUGAGGGGCUUGCUGGCUCUCAGGGCAUCACACAAGACUUGGUCUACUACUUCCCCCGAUAUGGUUUCUGUGACACAGUGGACGAGUCUUACACUGUCAAAAUGUGACAGCCUGACAAGCCCCGAGCCCAAGAUCAACAUCUCAAUAAACCUACUGAGCCCACCUGGCA